GCUGGGAGCCCGAGUGCGCGCAGCUCAGGGGCCGCCGCCGCCGCCGCUGGGGCCGAGGACGCGGCUUCUCUGCUCGCCCGCCCGGGACGCCGCGCCACCCGCCCCCUGCAGCCUGUGUUGCAGCUGCCGGCCACCGGAGGGGGCGAACAAACGUCAACCUGUUGUUUGUCCCGUCACCAUUUAUCAACUCUCAGCACCACAAGGAAGUGCGGCCGCCACCCGCGCGCGGAAAGUUCAGCAUGCAGGAAGUUUGGGGAGAGCUCGGCGACUAGCACGGCGGGGCGGCCCGGGCUAGCGCAGGGCGAGCGUGGGGGCCAGAGCGCGGCGUGGUCCUGGGAGCCUGUCCCGGCUUUUUCUUGGAGCGACGCUGUCCCUAGGUCGCUGAUCCCAAUGCACCGGCUCAUCCUUGUCUACACGCUAGUCUGCUCAAACUUUUGCAGCUACCGGGACACUUCUGCAACUCCGCAGAGCGCAUCCAUCAAAGCUUUGCGCAACGCCAACCUCAGGCGAGAUGAGAGCAAUCACCUCACAGACUUGUACCGAAGAGAUGAAACCAUCCAGGUGACAGGACACGGCCAUGUGCAGAGUCCCCGCUUCCCAAACAGCUACCCCAGGAACCUGCUUCUGACCUGGCGGCUCCAUUCCCAGGAGAAAACAAGGAUACAGCUAGCCUUUGACAAUCAGUUUGGAUUAGAGGAAGCGGAAAAUGAUAUCUGUAGGUAUGAUUUUGUGGAAGUUGAAGAUAUAUCUGAAACCAGCACCGUUAUUAGAGGACGAUGGUGUGGACACAAGGAAGUUCCUCCAAGGAUAACAUCAAGAACAAACCAGAUUAAAAUAACAUUCAAGUCUGAUGACUACUUUGUGGCUAAACCUGGAUUCAAGAUUUAUUAUUCUGUUGUGGAAGAUUUCCAACCCGCAGCAGCCUCAGAGACCAAUUGGGAGUCAGUCACAAGCUCUAUCUCAGGGGUAUCCUAUCACUCUCCAUCAGUAACGGACCCCACUCUCACUGCGGAUACUCUGGACAAAACAAUUGCAGAAUUUGAUACUGUGGAAGAUCUGCUCAAGCACUUCAAUCCAGAAUCAUGGCAAGAAGAUCUUGAGAAUCUGUAUUUGGACACCCCUCAUUAUCGAGGCAGGUCAUAUCAUGACAGGAAGUCAAAAGUUGACCUGGACAGGCUCAAUGAUGACGUCAAGCGUUACAGUUGCACUCCCAGGAAUUACUCGGUCAACUUGAGAGAGGAGCUGAAGGUGACCAAUGUGGUCUUCUUUCCACGCUGCCUCCUCGUGCAACGCUGUGGGGGAAACUGUGGCUGUGGAACUGUCAGCUGGAAGUCCUGUACGUGCAAUUCAGGGAAAACUGUGAAGAAGUAUCACGAGGUGUUAAAGUUUGAGCCUGGCCAUUUCAAGAGGAGGGGCAGAGCGAAGCACAUGGCUCUCGUUGACAUCCAGUUGGAUCACCAUGAGCGGUGCGACUGUAUCUGCAGCUCAAGACCACCUCGAUAAAAGAAUGUGCACAUACUUACAUUAAGCAUGAAAGAACCUUUAUUUUAAGGAGGGUGUGGUAAGAGACCCCUUUCCCACCAGCAACUGAACUUACUAUUAGCCUGCAAAGCAAUGAAUACAAGUGGUUGCUGAGUUUCAACCUAGCUUUGUUAGUGCCAUGAGAAGUAGAAAGGUGUAUCAUCAAUCUCUAUAUCCAAGAAUAUAGGAUUGCAUUUAAUAAUAGUGUCUGAGGAUAUAUAUGUAUAUAUAUCCAUGUCCCUGUGUAAAUAGAUCAUAUGGUUUAUUCAGUAUAUAUAACCAGGUACACCAGAGCUUACCUAUGGUUUAAUUAUCUAGACCCUUAAAAUCUGACAAAAUAAGGGACAUAGUAAAUACAUGGAACAUGUCAUUGGAAGAUUUGGAAGAUGAAUUUGUUUAUUUUUAAGUUUUGAAUCACAAAACAAUUUUGGAUCUUGCUCUUUUAAAGAAAGCACCCUGUAUAUUAAAAACCAAUAAAUGAGAUUUUUCUUAUGCA